AUGACAGUGUCUGGACUCACUGGUAAUCCAUGUUGUCUACGGAUACCAUUACAUGGCCCGAGGACUCUGUCUAGACGAGUUUCAGCUUUACCGAAUGCUGAGAAACCAAAAGACAAGGUUAAAUGGUUCAGUCUCGAAAGAAGUUAUUUGGCUGGUCCUGUACAAAGAUGUAAUAUAAAGCAAACUUACUUGGUUAAAUGUGCAAUGGAUGCUUCCUAUGAUGGUGACAUGACCAAUGAUCGAUCAGUUGUUUUUCCAAGAAUCCACAUAAGGGAUCCAUACAAACGGCUUGGAAUAAGCAAGGAGGCUUCUGAAGAUGAAAUUCAAGCUGCAAGGAACUUCCUUAUUCAUCAAUAUGCUGGGCACAAACCAAGUGUGGAUGCGAUUGAAUCAGCCCAUGACAAAAUCAUCAUGCAGAAGUUUUAUGAUAGGAAGAACCCAAAAAUAGACUUCAAGAAAAAAGUUAGGGAAAUGAAGCAGUCUCGUUUUAUGCAGAUUGUCACGAGCAGGUUCCAGACUCCGUCAACAAAUGUUAUUAUUAAAACAGCAAUUGCUUUCCUAGUACUUGGAGCUCUGACUUUUAUCUUUCCAACUGAAGAAGGUCCAACCCUUCAGGUAGCCAUUUCCUUGAUCGCUACCAUGUAUUUUAUACAUGAUCGGCUGAAAAGCAAAAUACGGGCUUUUCUUUACGGGGUUGGAUCUUUUAUUUUCUCAUGGCUGUUGGGAACCUUCUUGAUGGUAUCUGUGAUUCCACCGUUGCAAUUAGUUAAAGGACCGAGGAAUUUUGAAGUGAUUACUUCAUUGAUAACUUAUGUGUUACUUUGGGUUUCAUCUACUUAUCUGAAGUAG